UGCAGGCCACCUCCUAAUCCGAAAGACUGUGUAAAGAGGCCACCGGUUGUAACGAUUAUGGGCCAUGUUGAUCAUGGCAAAACGACACUGCUGGAUGCUAUACGAAAUAGUCACAUUGUUGAUAGCGAGUUUGGUGGAAUUACUCAACAUAUCGGAGCUUUUUCAGGUGAGGUUUUCCAUAAUUACAUGAGUGUAGAAGGUCGUUGCGUAAACAUUGGAGUUUUUCAUCGGAAGCUAUCAAACUUGCAGAGAAAAAGCGCGCCUCGUGACUGUUUCCACAUUCAUCCCUUUGGCCGUGUCAUCUUCAUUUUCAUUUCAGUUGAUCUCAAAGGCGUAGGCCGUCGCGUAACGUUUCUCGAUACUCCUGGUCAUGCAGCUUUUGCUGCGAUGAGAGCUCGAGGGGCGAAAGGCGCGGACAUUGUAGUACUGGUAGUUGCAGCUGAUGAUGGUGUCAAGGAACAGACGGUGCAAAGCAUCAAAUUCGCUCAGUCAGCCGGUGUUCCUAUUGUCGUCGCAAUCAACAAAUGUGACAAGCCGAAUGCUGAUCCGGUAAGUUUAGUUCUUCUUUUGUUUUAUUCAUUUUUGCUAUACAAAGUAUGUGUAUGCUUUCAUGACGUGAUCAAACUUGUCGUUAAAUGGUUAACUGAACGUAUUUAUUGCGAAUCAUUGCUAAUUGCCGCCAUCAGAUGUUACUCUUUGGUACAAAAUAUCAGACGUUGAAU